AUGGAUGAUUGCUUGGAAGUUCCCUGUCCUUCACGAGGUCCGUCUGCACCAGGGCAAUUGGCAGGAGGGAGCAGCGUGUGCACUAAGGAGAUGACCUUGGAACAAAAACAACAGAUUCUUCAGUUGCCAAGCCAAGGGAAUCAGUGGGAAAAGAAGAUGCAACAAAUUGAACGACAACUAAAAUGCUUGGCAUUUCAAAAUCCAGGACCUCUGCUAGCAGAUUUCAACCCAGAAACUCGGGAACAACAAAAGAAAGUCUGCAUGUCAAUGAUAAACCAGGAUUGUUUUAAUACUACAAAGAAGACUGUGAAGAAAUAUGACAAACAUGGCCGGCUGCUUUCCAAUAAAACAGAUUUGUGUGACUGUCUAGAGAAAAACUGCCUGGGCUGCUUUUACCCUUGUCCUAAAUGCAAUUCAACAAAGUGUGGGGCAGAGUGUCGUUGCAACCGAAAAUGGGUCUAUGAGCAGAUUCAGGUAGAGGCUGGCCAAAUCAUCCGAUUUCCAUUUCGAAACAACUAG